GGUGUGAUCUCCGCAUCAAGACGGGGUUUGCGAGUUACGUGCGCGCAACAACAAAAAUGUUACAACCAAAGCUCAAUAAAAAACGUGGUCAUUGACGCUCAAGACACGAAGAAUUGUUGGACCUGAAAUGGGUAGGCCUGCCUAUUCGCACUGCAGGUCUGCCAGCAAGCGCAAAAAGUGAGCAAGGAAACUCGCAAGGCGAAGUACAAACACCGCAGAAUACCUGUCUACCUGGAGCUGUCAUCUCUGGCUCAGAGGUUGACGUGUAAUGACCACCCAGUGUUCACGGUCGCCAGUUGCCGUUUUACAUUCUGCCAUACUCAGAUCUGCGCGCUCAUAUGACUUAAAGCAGUUGAGAGUGCCGUGAUACACUUACAAAAAAAAAAAGAAGGAAGAAGUGUUCAGACCUGUCCAUGUUUUGAUACUGUAAAAAGCAUAAUGUAAAAUUUUGUUGUUUUUCUUUCGAAAAGUGAGACGGAAACAGACAAAAAUGAAUAAAGCACUAAUACUUUACGUUCUCAUAGGUAUCUCAGUGAGCUCUGUGAGGUCGUCUAGUCCACCGGCGAACACUGUGAGAGACAGUACGGUGGAUGCCUUUGUGAGGCUCAGGUCUUACGUUCAAAGCCUGCCGGCUCUGACCCACAAGAUACCCCCAUUGCUGGCCCAAGAUGGUAACCUGACGGUCAACCUUUCCUACAAUCCGGCUCAGAUCCUGUACGUGGACGAAGUGACACAGGCCGUGGCUGUCUCCUCCUUCAUUGUCCUAAGCUGGCAAGACGACACUUUGAGAUGGAACCCACACGAUUUCGAAGGAAUCGACAAAGUAAUUCUGAAACCAGACGACAUAUGGACACCUCUGAUCUACCUACUCAACUCCGCCGACUCGACUGAGGAUGUGGUUCGGCUUCCAGAUCCUGAUACUAUCGAGCUCUACGCGAAUGGAAAUUUGCUUGCUUUCUUGGCGCAGAAGAUUGUGUCUUCGUGUUUCUUUGACGUCACGUUUUUCCCAUUUGACGAGCAGAACUGCUCGCUGAUGUUCCAGCCCUUAGGGAGCGGAGCUCGGAUCGCCAUGCAGACUGUGAGCUUCAACCUGCCGCUUUUGGAACUCUUCAGCACUCACAGUAGUUGGACCAUUACCGACACUUCUCAGAGCGUCGUCAUCUGGGAGAACGAGCUCCAGCGAGGCACGAAUGUCGUCAAGGUCACGCUCGCCAUUAAGAGACGCUCCACAUUCUUUGUUAUCAACAUCAUCACACCUAUCAUUGUGACGUCAUUGAUGACGUUACUUGUGUUCUGGAUUCCCCCUGCGUCUGGGGAAAAGAUAACCUUUCUUGUCACCAUGUUCGUGAGCACCACCGUUUUUCUCAACCUGGUUAGCAAUAUGAUGCCGAGAAGCUUCAGCAGCCUUCCCAGAUUCAACCUCUUCCUGGCCAUCCUUGUCUCGGAGAAUUUACUCACAUUUCUAGCAACAUCCUUGGUCCUUAGAUGCUACCGUGCGGAACAAACAGAAGAGAAAGCGAGACGGGAUCGGGAGAAAUACCGGCCUUCAGAUAGUCGGGCUCUCAUGGCAGGAGGAAGUGUUCCUCAGAGCAGAAGGUCAUCUGAGAGGCGCAAAUUGGACAGCGAAGGUGUGGCCACUUUGUCAGAUCCGUUGACGCCAUCGCCAACACCUCAUGACGUCAGUGAAGACGGGAAUCUCUCUGUGGGCUCUAGGGUCUCUCUUGUGCCGAACCUAGUGGCCACUAACAGAUCGUGGUCUUCGAAACGUCUUGAUAAAAUUUUCUUUUUUGUGUUCCUCUGCAUCACGUUGGCCCUGUACUGUCUUUUAUUCAUGUAACUUCUUAUUUGAAGCACUCCUCAUAGCAGAUAAUGUUUGGUUUUUAUUUGAUAUUGCAAAUUGUAUUUUGUUUCCUUUUACUGCGGAAGUGGAGUUCUGG